AUGCUUAGGCGCCAUGCAAGAGAGACUUCGUGUAUUUUGAAGUCCCCUCUCCCUCGUCCUACUCUUCCUGUUCCUGCAAACGAGAAGCUGCUUGUUUGGGUUAGUGACGAGAUUGUACCCCGUGAGAGUGCUAAGGUUUCAGUGUUUGACUCGGUUGUCCAAGGUGGAGAUUCUGUUUGGGAGGGACUUCGAAUUUACAAUGGAAAGAUAUUUAAGCUUGAGGAGCAUUUAGAUAGGUCAGUGGAAGAUAAUUAA